ACCCACUAUUAGUGCGAGAAGACUGGACAGCGAAGUUCAAGUGUCCACAGGAGAGGCACGAGGGUUACCAGAUCUGCUCACUUGCAUAAACGGACCGAUCCCUUCUGCGCAAUCGGACCCCAGAAAAGCAGCCUCCCUUUAAGGGCCUAGGAGCCCGGCACUUUGAAAGUGCCCUCAGUGCCCAGACCCGGGGAGAAGUGAGGGGUGCGAAGGCGGAGCCACUGGGCUGGAGACACCCUCCGAAGGUCCGGCCCUCGGCUGCGUUCCUACUACCUUGGGGAGUUGGCGCGGGGAGCGGAAUCACCCUCUCAAUGAAAGGCAGAUGUCCCUUUAAGGUUUGCUUCGCAGCUCGUGGACUUUAGCCUAAACAAGGACCCGCGAAGCUGGCUUUAUUUGUCCAUGUCUCGGAAAGAGCCUGGGAGGCUGCCAGUGGGAUUUCAGAGCCCGAGAGUGCGAACGGCGGGGAGAUGUGGCAAUCCCUCUGGGAUGCGAGAAGCUUGAAGCGAACUUAGAGGGGCUGGUCGAAAACACAGGAAAUCGCUGUGCUGCUCCCAGGCGCCGGGGCCAGCGGGGCCAGCGACUGAGACCCACGGCAGCGGGCGGAGUGGCCCAGAGCAACGAGGCUCCAGCGCGUGGUUUCGCCGAGUCCUUCCCUCCGAUCCAGCGCGUCCCCCGGGCGCUGCGGCCGCUCCAACUAUGGCCCCCCGGCGCCGCGCCAGCCCAGGGGUCGCUGUCGCCUGCUGCUGGCUCCUCACCGUUCUAGGCUUCUGCAUAUCAUUCAAUGUUGAUGUGAAAAACUCACUGACUUUCAGCGGCCCAGUGGAGGACAUGUUUGGAUAUACUGUUCAACAAUAUGAAAAUGAAGAAGGAAAAUGGGUGCUUAUUGGUUCUCCUUUAGUUGGACAACCCAAGAACAGAACUGGAGAUGUCUAUAAGUGUCCAGUUGGGAGAGGUGAAUCAUUACCUUGCAUAAAGUUGGAUCUUCCAGUUAAUACAUCAAUUCCCAAUGUCACAGAAGUAAAGGAGAAUAUGACAUUUGGAUCAACUUUAGUCACCAACCCAAAUGGAGGGUUUCUGGCAUGCGGGCCCUUAUAUGCCUAUAGAUGUGGACAUUUGCAUUACACAACGGGAAUCUGUUCUGAUGUCAGCCCCACAUUUCAAGUCAUGAACUCCUUUGCCCCUGUACAAGAAUGCAGCACUCAGCUGGACAUAGUCAUAGUGCUGGAUGGUUCCAACAGUAUUUACCCCUGGGAAAGUGUUACAGCUUUUUUAAAUGACCUUCUUGAAAGAAUGGAUAUUGGUCCUAAACAGACACAGGUUGGAAUUGUACAGUAUGGAGAAAAUGUAACCCAUGAGUUCAACCUCAAUAAAUACUCAUCAACGGAAGAGGUGCUUGUUGCAGCAAAUAAAAUAGUCCAGAGAGGUGGCCGCCAGACGAUGACAGCCCUUGGAAUAGACACAGCAAGGAAAGAGGCUUUCACUGAAGCCCGGGGUGCCCGAAGAGGGGUUAAAAAAGUCAUGGUAAUUGUGACUGAUGGAGAGUCCCAUGACAACCACCAACUGAAUAAGGUCAUCCAGGACUGUGACGAUGAAAGCAUUCAGCGGUUUUCCAUAGCUAUUCUUGGCAGCUAUAAUCGAGGAAAUUUAAGUACUGACAAAUUUGUGGAGGAAAUAAAAUCAAUUGCAAGUGAACCCACUGAAAAGCAUUUCUUCAAUGUCUCUGACGAAUUGGCACUAGUCACUAUUGUUGAAGCUCUGGGAGAAAGAAUCUUUGCCCUGGAAGCUACAGCUGACCAGUCAGCAGCUUCUUUUGAGAUGGAAAUGUCUCAGACCGGCUUCAGUGCUCAUUAUUCACAGGACUGGGUCAUGCUUGGAGCAGUAGGAGCCUAUGAUUGGAAUGGAACAGUCGUCAUGCGGAAGGCUAAUCAAAUCCUAAUUCCCCAAAACACGACCUUUAAUGUUGAGUCUACCAAAAAGAAUGAACCUCUUGCUUCUUAUUUAGGUUACACAGUAAACUCCGCCACUGUUUCUGGAGAUGUGCUCUACAUUGCCGGACAGCCACGGUACAAUCAUACAGGCCAGGUGGUCAUCUACAGGAUGGAGGAUGGAGACAUCAGGAUUCUCCAGACACUCCACGGAGAACAGAUCGGUUCCUACUUUGGAAGUGUUUUGACGACGAUUGACAUUGAUAAAGAUUCUAAUACUGACGUUCUUCUAGUCGGGGCUCCCAUGUUCAUGGGAACAGAGAAGGAGGAACAAGGAAAAGUGUACAUCUAUGCUCUGAAUCAGACAAGGUUUGAAUAUCAAAUGAGCCUGGAACCCGUGAAGCAGACUUGCUGUUCGUCUCUGAAGCACAAUUCAUGCACAAAGGAAAACAAAAAUGAACCAUGUGGGGCUCGUUUUGGCACAGCCAUUUCUGCUGUGAAAGACCUAAAUCUUGAUGGAUUUAAUGACAUCGUGAUAGGAGCACCCCUGGAAGAUGAUCAUGGGGGAGCCGUGUACAUUUAUCAUGGAAGUGGCAAGACUAUAAAGGAAGAGUAUGCACAACGUAUUCCAUCAGGGGGAGAUGGCGAGACACUGAAAUUUUUUGGCCAGUCUAUCCACGGAGAAAUGGAUUUAAAUGGUGACGGUCUGACUGAUGUCACUAUUGGGGGCCUUGGUGGUGCUGCCCUCUUCUGGUCCCGAGAUGUGGCUGUAGUUAAAGUGACCAUGAAUUUUGAACCCAAUAAAGUGAAUAUUCAAAAGAAAAACUGCCGCAUGGAAGGAAAGGAAACAGUAUGCAUAAAUGCCACAGUGUGUUUUGAUGUGAAAUUGAAGUCCAAAGAAGACAGGGUUUACGAAGCUGAUAUGCAGUACCGUAUCACACUAGAUUCUCUAAGACAGAUAUCACGGAGUUUUUUCUCUGGAACUCAAGAGAGGAAGAUUCAAAGAAACAUCACAGUUCGAGAAUCAGAAUGCACUAAGCAUUCCUUCUACAUGUUGGACAAGCAUGACUUUCGGGACUCUGUGAGAAUAACUUUGGAUUUUAAUCUUACCGAUCCAGAAAAUGGGCCCGUUCUUGAUGAUUCUUUACCAAAUUCAGUACAUGAAUAUAUUCCCUUUGCCAAAGAUUGUGGAAACAAGGAAAAAUGUAUCUCGGACCUCACCCUGGAUGUCUCCACCACAGAAAAGGGCCUGCUUAUUGUCAGGUCCCACAAUGACAAGUUCAAUGUUAGCCUCACAGUCAAAAAUAAAGAGGACAGUGCCUAUAACACCAGAACCAUAGUAAAUUAUUCUCCAAAUCUAAUUUUUUCAGGAAUUGAGGCUAUCCAAAAAGACAGUUGUGAAUCCAAUCAUAAUAUCACAUGUAAAGUUGGAUAUCCUUUCCUAAGAAGAGGAGAAAUGGUAACAUUCAAAAUAUUAUUUCAGUUUAACUCAUCUUAUCUCAUGGAAAAUGUGAUCAUUCAUUUAAGUACAACAAGUGACAGUGAAGAGCCACCUGAAGCCCUUUUUGAUAAUGAAGUAAACGUUUCUAUCCCUGUAAAAUAUGAAGUUGGACUACAGUUUUACAGCUCUGCAAGUGAAUACCAUAUUUCAAUUGCGGCCAACGAGACAGUCCCUGAAGCUAUUAAUUCUACUGAGGACAUUGGAAAUGAAAUUAAUAUCUUCUACUUGAUUAGAAAAAGUGGGCAUUUUCCAAUGCCAGAACUUAAGCUGUCAAUUUCAUUCCCCAACAUGACAUCAGAUGGUUUUCCUGUACUGUACUCAAGUGGGUGGUCAUCUUCUGAGAAUGUCAACUGCAGACCCAGUAGCCUCCAGGAUCCUUUUGGUAUCAACUCUGGGAAGAAAAUGAUAAUAUCCAAAUCUGAAGAUAUCAAACGAGGCGCCAUUCUGGACUGCAGUGCAUGUAAAUUUGCCACCAUCACAUGUAAUCUGAUUCCUUCUGACAUGAGCCAAGUGAAUGUUUCACUUAUCUUAUGGAAACCAACUUUUAUAAAAGCACACUUUUCCAGCUUAAAUCUUACUGUAGGCGCAGAACUUCAGAGUGAAAAUACAUCACUAGUUUUAAGUGCUGGCAAUCAAAAAAGAGAGCUUGCUAUUCAAAUAUCCAAAGAUGGGCUACCAGGCAGAGUGCCGUUAUGGGUUAUCCUGUUGAGUGCUUUUGCUGGAUUAUUGCUAUUAAUGCUGCUCAUAUUAGCACUGUGGAAGAUUGGAUUCUUCAAAAGACCACUAAAGAAGAAAAUGGAGAAAUGAAAUAUUUUAGAAGAGAAGAAAUAAUUAUUCAAUGAUCUAUCCUCAGGUUUGCCUCAAAUAUGUGACAAGAAAUUUAUAAAUACAUUUAAAGACAUAGUCACAUAACUCUAUGUAAUCCAUCAGGGAUUAAUCACUUAGAAAAUGACAGAUCAAGCAAGAUCCAAAAACAAUACAUUAAAGAUUUAUUUUA